AUGUUACUGGCCGUGUUACUGGCUGUGUCUGGUACGGUGGGCGACGCUGGUGGUGUUGGUGAUCGCAGUGCCAGAAGCGGCAACGGGGGAGAAGGCGAAGGCGACAGCGGCGACGCGGCGGUGGUGAGCGGCCUGCGGGUAUUGCCGCUGAGUGCCGUUGACUUUGUCCUGUUGGUGCUCCUGGCUGUGGUGUUGUGUUACGUGCUACCGAGCAAGGUACUGCGGCAGCUGAGAUCCCCUCGCUGCGGGGGUGCAGCCGCGGCAGCGGCAGCAGGCGACUUGUGGCGGCAGCAGCAGCAGCUUGCCGCCCUGGCAGCAGCGCUGCAGGAGCUGCCCGGCGGCGAUGCGCUGCCUCUGGUGGUGCUGCGUGGGGCGCAGCAGGCUCUGGCGUGCGUCGAACACACGCUGCACGGGAUGCCCGCCGGCGGUGGUAGUGGUGGUAGUGGUGCUGCUGCUGCUGCCGCCGACAGCAGCAGCCUGCUUCGCCCGCGCAACGACGACGUCCUUGGCGAUGACGGCCGCGGCGGCAGGGCCGACAGCGGGAUGUACACUACCUCGGAAACGGUUGUUGCAACUGAUGCGAGGACUGCUGGGGAUGGUGAAGUACGAGACAGUAAAAUGGAGGUCAGCGAAAGGCCAUCCGGGGGGGUUCAGGCGGGGGAGCGGGACCCGAGAGGGCGAUGCAGGGAGUUAUUGGCGGUUGAUAAGGUAGUGGGAAUUCUUCAAGGUGUGCUGGCGGCGGUGACGUCGGCUGCGAGCGGCGGCCGCAGUGACGGCGGCGACAGCAGUGGUGACUGGGAUCUAUCGUCGUACACCGUUGCGCUGCUGCACAGCUACCUUGCGCUGUCUUCGGACCUGCUCGGUACGGAGGACAUCGUGGGGGUGCCGGGUGUGGAGGGAGAGUCCACGGCAUGCGCCGCUGCAGCCGGCGCCGGCGGUAUGAGCCGUUGGGGGUUUCUCUGGCGGGACGAGCUUGCCUCUGCUGCGCGGCUUACGCUGCCGGCAGGUGUUUACGCCUCAAUUGUGGUGGCGAUGGGCUGGGAGAUGCAGCUGAUUGAGCUGCUGGGCUGGCUCCCGGACUCGGGGGUCGCUACAGCUGCCCUGGCACGGGUCGUGGGCCUCUGUCCAGCCUUAGCGCCCGGGCUGGUGGCCACGCUUCUUGACAGCGUCCGUUCCGGCAACGGAAGCUCGCCAGAUGCUGCUGGCCGUGCUAUCUGCAUGAUGGCCGCGCAGCAGGAACCUGCGGGGGGUUCGGUCUUUUGCUCCUCGACCUGGGCGAAUCGUCUGGUUUACAGUCCGGGCUUCGUCUUCCGCAUUGCCAAGGCUGUACGGCAGGCGGCGACGACGGCGUGUGGUGGCGCAGGCAAGGGUGAUGGCCGCCGCUGGCUGCCCUGCCUGCUGCUGCUUGGGCGCGUCCUUGUAGACGCGCUGCAUCGGCAUGUCGCGGCUGAGGCUGGGGGUAUUGGGGCGGCGGCGAUGGUGGCAACGGCGCCGGAGGGGGAGUGCGGCGGGGCUGAUGCGUCGUGGGCUGAGACGUGCUGUGAGGCGCUACAGGAGGGGCUGUGCGCUUGGCAGGAGGCCGUCCUGCGGAGGACGGAUGCUGUGGAUGCAACAGUAGCACGAAUCGAGUCGACGGCGUCGACGGCGACAAGGCUGCUAUGGCUCCUGCAAGACGAGUUAAAGGAUUUGUUGGACAUGAAACCGGGUGCCGCUGGAGGUGGCAGGGGGCCCACCGGUUCUGAGGGGCAACGGCGUUUGCUGUCGUGUGGUGCUGUAAUUCGUCUGCGGACACGCAUCACUCUGAUAAGCAUGCAGGCGGCCGCAGGGGCAGCGGCAGCUGCAGCAGCACCGCAGCCGCCGCAGCCUGGCUGCAAGGACCAGGCCUCCAUUGCCGUUGUUGGCAAUGUUGUUGAUGACGAGGCUGAUGGGGUGGUGGAUACCGCCGCAGCUGACCACACGACGCCGGACCGGCGCUCGGAUCCGGUGAUUCGGAAGGCCGCAGCGCUCACUGCUGGCGAUGUUUGGCUAGGCUUGGAUUUGCCGUACGGAUUUACGGCUGCUGGGCUAACUGACGAGUUCGGCGGAUCGGCCAACACGGAAGAUGCGGUGGGAGGACGCUUUGGUGGGGUGCGUUCGCCGCUUCCUCAGCAUCUGGCGGUAGGUUCGGAGAAGGCGUCGCCAUGGCCAUCGGCUGGCCAUAAGCGGCAGCUGCCAGAGUGGUUGAAGGCCGCCACGGCCUCCACCGCAGCUCCAACGCGCCUCCGCUGCGCCGGCAGCACAGGUGGAUCCCAGCUUCUGGCCAACGCCGCUGCGGCUGCCAUCUGCUUUCGGCUGGCAUCUUCGCCUCCGCCAUCGUUGCGUUUGCAGCCUCCGGACACAGCCAAGGGGUUUCCAGAAAGAAACGCAGAAGCAGCCAUGGCAACGGGGCGUGUGGCUGCGAUUGCUGUGGCACUGCUAACCCCCGGCGUGGGGUCGUGGCUGUACGCCCAUCACGACCCGCGGGUCGUUUCCGCAGGGGAUCCGAACCCGUACAGUCCUUUCCGUGUAGCGCUGGCGCUGCUGGAGCUCCUCCAGGGAAGGCUCGGCUCCGGUUACUGGAAGGAUCUGGGUAUGAGAUCUGGCCCAGAAGAUGCUGGAGCCCGGGCUUCCACUGCGGCAGCAGCUUCGGAUAGGGAUAUGGAAGCUGCAGCGGGUGUGGAACAGGAUUUGCUGCCGGGUUGGGGAAGGUCUGGUUUCGUAGCCGUCCCGGAAGAGGGGGGCCAGCAGCGGCAGCUGGAGCUGCGGUUGAUGCGGAUGGCGGCGGAGUGCCUGGCGUGUGUCGGCGGCCCUGGGCAGCAGGCAGCGUUGCAGGCAGUGGUGCUGGGCAGCCCGAUGUUUCGCAGGUGUGGGUGCAGGCCGUUUCUCAGCAAAUCGCUCUCAUCUUGUCCAGUCCUGUCCUGUAUUAAGAAUGACCUGAAGAAGGCCGCUGCAGGCCGAGCGUUGGUGGCGCUGAGCAACCGCGCCGCCGCGAUGGAGAGCUCCCUAGAGCGCCGCGCGCUCAGCGCCCAGCAGGAAGCCCAGCGGCUGGCGACCGCCGCCACUAACCUGCUGCCGUAUGCCGUACUAGUUCCGGAGGAGGUUGUGCUUCUGGAUGCGCAGCGCUGGAUGAGGACCUCUGCGGAUCGGCGUUCGCUUGUGACGCUGUUAGGAGGUCUCAUGGAAACGGGGCUGGUGUUGCCGCGGCAGCUGCUGCAAGAUCUUGUAGGACGAGGGCUAGCGCCGCGUGGGGAGAACGGGGACGGUCGGAGCCGUUCCAUUGCGCAGAUCCAUUGCGCCAUGCUGGUGGCCCAGUUUGUCCUCGGCGUUGUUGGCACUGGUGGCGGCGUCAGCGACGUGCCGCGUGCUGGCAGCUUCUACAACCCGGCAGUGGAGCUCGCGGCGGCGCGCCCCGCACGGCUGCUGCUGGCAGUGGCGGACGCGCUGCAGGAGCUGUACGAUGCUUAUGCGGAGAGACACCAGCUUGAGGCAGUAGCUAUCGACGCCGCAGCCGCGGUCCUGGAGCGCGCCGUACAGCUGUACGGGGAUUAUCUCUGUGCCGGCGCUAGCCGUGGUGAUGGCAGCGGCGUCGCCGGGCGUGUGCUUGCUGACCUGGGAACUGGUGAUGCUUGCGAGCUGCGGGAGUUGGCGGCGGGGUGCGCCAGUCUGCCGAGGGCCCCACAUGCAAAGGCUACAGCCCUGUAUGGGGUUUUGCGGGCGCCAUCAGCUGCCAGGACCUUGCGUGGCUGGAAUUGCACAUGUGAUGCGAGGUUCUCCAUGCGCACAGCAUCUCAAAACAGCAUUCCCCUGCGCACGUUCGCACAGCUCACGAUCAUGAGUAGCAGGGAGGGAUUGUUUCAUAGUGUCCCGCUUAUGAAUGGAUACGGGGCGGAGAGGGUUUCAGUCGGCCUGCGAUCCGCGAGCACGGAUUUCGCCCGAGCCGCCAUAUACGACGUAUUGUGCUUUGUUGCCAGCAGCAACUCCAACGCCGUUGCCGUGCAACAAGCGCUUCUUCACAUUGCCGCCGUCGAUGACGACGCGGAAGAAGUCGAGGACGAGGGCGCUAAGGCUACGGGCGAUAAUGGCAAAAGCAGUGCUGCUUAUUGGUUUGGCUGGUUCGAGGCGCCAUCGUACGAUGACGGGACGACGAGAGCGGCGGCGGCGGCGACGGCGAAAAUGAGUCAGCACGGGAGGGAUGCAGAAGGCGUCGUUGGCCGGCAUGUGGCGGCGACUGCUGCGCGCGGCUUGCCGCAGCUGCCGGCGGCGCGAUUCCUGGAGGGUGGUAUCGCGGCCCUGGGCGCGCUGUUGCCGACAGCUGCGCCGGAGCAGGCACGACGGCUGCUAUUGGGGCUGCUGCCCGUCCUUGUACGGGCAGUUGGUGGUGCCGCGGUGCUUCAUGCCGCAGUGCCGUAUACAAGCAGUAAACACUGCAGAGGCGGUGGCGCCACCACGGCCCUGGGGACAUCAGGAAUUACACAGGACGGCGCCCAGGCCGCUUCCCUCGAGGUGAUUGAGACAUGGUUGCUAGGGGCUCCGGCCGGGCAUGGCAGCGGUUCCCCUGCAGCAGAUGUAGCGAUAUCUAUAGUGAUGGCGUGCCGCGGGGCUGUAGCUGCCUUAUGCAGCAUGCCGAUUGCGGAUGCGUCGGCCUCACCAAAGGGUGCAGGCGGCUGCCUCCAGGCGGAGGAGGCGGCACAGCAGCCGGCCGCCGCGGAGCCUCCGUUGCCGUCGCCGCCAUCCCGACUGCUACUUGCCACAGCCGAUCGAUGCGCGGCGUACAUUGCCUUGCUAGCCUCCCGCCUGGCUUCAACAGCUGCCGCCGUAUCAGCGGAUGGCGCGACGGUGUUGCUCCCACGGCCGCCACAGUUGCCAACUGCCCCUGCAUCAGGGGCGUCAGCUGCUCAGCCGCCGAAGCAUGGCACAACAAGCCUUGAGAUAGCGGUCGUUGCGGUGGUGCUGCUGUCGGAGCUUUGCGGAAUUGUUGCAGUGGUUGCGGAGCUGGCGGACGAUCGUGCCUUGGUGACAUGGCAGUUCCGGGGGUAG